GGUCGCGCCGCGGCCAUGUGCCGCCCGCCCGCCGCGCCCCCGCUUCCGGCGCUCGGCCACAGAGCAGCCGGAUGCGAGACAGAGCGCCGACCGCACUUCCGGCGGGCGCUCCGCGGGGGGAGCCGGGAGCUCUAUGGGGGGACGCAGUGCCGGGCCCUGCCGUGGCCGUGGGGCAGGGGGACGCGGUGCCGGGCCCCACCGGGCCCCCCGGUGCCCAUGAAGCUGCGGGCUGCCCCGGCCGCCUGCCCGGCGCUGUGGCGCUCGCUGCCCUGCCCGCAGGCCGAGCUGCGCCUGGACCUGGUGCUGUCGAGCGGCCAGACCUUCCGGUGGCGGGAGAGCAGCCCCGGGUGCUGGACGGGCGUCCUGGCCGGGCGUGUGUGGACGCUGACGCAGGCCGGCGAGCGGCUGUGGUACACGGUGUACGGCGAGGAGGAGGAGGCAGCUGAGCGCCACCGUCCCACCACGCCGGUGCCCAAGCGGCGCCGCUUGCAGCAGCCGCCCGCCUCGGGGCGCAGCCCGGAGCACCUGCACAAUGCUGACGCCAUCGCCGAGUCCCCGGGGUCGCCCGGUGCCGAGACGGACAGGAUCCUUCGCGACUAUUUCCAGCUGGACGUGGGGCUGCCCGCGCUCUACCAGGCCUGGGGGGCGGCUGACCCCCACUUCCGAAAGGUGGCUGCCGACUUCCCAGGGGUGCGGGUGCUGCGGCAGGACCCUGUCGAGUGCCUGCUCUCCUUCAUCUGCACCUCCAACAACCACGUCGCCCGCAUCACGGCCAUGAUCGAGCGCCUCUGCCGGGCCUUCGGGCGCCGCCUCUGCCACCUGGACUCGCAGCCCUUCCACACCUUCCCCACGCCGCAGGCGCUCGCAGGUGCCAAGGCUGAGGCCCAGCUGAGGGCCCUGGGCUUCGGGUACCGGGCGAAGUUCGUGAGCCAGAGCGCGCGGGCCAUUGCGGAGGAGCUCGGCACCGAGGGGCUGUGCGGGCUGCGCGCCGUGCCCUACGCCGAGGCGCGGCGGGUGCUGUGCUCCCUGCCCGGUGUGGGCACCAAGGUGGCCGACUGCGUGUGCCUGAUGGCCCUGGACAAGGCGGAGGCGGUGCCCGUGGACACGCACGUGUGGCAGAUCGCCCAGCAGUGUUACGGCGCGGCGCCGGGCGCCAGGAGCCUCACUGCCCGGGUGCACAAGGAGAUCGGCGACUUCUUCCGGGGGCUGUGGGGCCCCUACGCGGGCUGGGCGCAGGCGGUUCUCUUCUGCGUCGACCUCCGCAAGGGCCGGGAGCCGGCGAGCAGCGGUGGCCAGCCCCGGGGGGGCCGAGGCCGGGCUGGGGGCAAGGCUGGUCCCUCCUAGGGGCACCUCAGCCCCGACUGCGGGGAGCACACGUAACGCACCGGGGGGCCCAGGCAGCAGCCAGGAAGGGAAGCGCUGCCCCAGCACUCGGCUCAGGACCUAUGGGGCGGAGACGGCUGUGAUGUCUGUCUGUCCAUCUGUCGGGGCGUGGGGCUUGCUGCUCCAGCCGUCACAGGGCAGGGAGCCAGGGCUCUGGCCAGCGCCCACGUGGGGCAGAGCAGAGCCCAGUGGCAUUUGCCUCUUUCCUUUAUUACAAGCAAUAAAAUAGAAACAUCCA